AUGCUACAUGCCAGAACACAUCACAUCACAGAGCAGAGGAGUCUCCCAGGUCUCAACUGUCUCAUCUUUCCCUGGGCAGAGAAUGGGACAUUGCUAUGGACACCAAAGUCGCUGGAACCAUUCACUCUGGAGAUUCUAGCAAGAAGCGCCAAGGACGGCUUGUCGUCUAUACUCCAACCCAAGACUGUGGUCUGCAAUUGCAGGGCAAAGAGCCAGUGUCUGUAUAACCAAACCAGCUGGGCAGGCAAUUCCUCCCUCGAGGUGGCUGACUGCAAGUGUGACAAGGACACCUCCGGCCGCUACUGCCAGCGCUUCAGGGACCCCUGCGAAGAGCAAUGCUUCCCGAAUGUCAGCUGUAUUCCUGGGAAGGGCUGCGAGGCCUGCCCCCCGAACCUGACUGGGGACGGGCGGCACUGUGCAGCCCUGGAGAACAUUUUCCUCUGCCAGAACCAAUCAUGUCCUGCAAAUUACUGCUACAACCACGGCCACUGCUACAUCUCUCAGACUCUGGGCUGCCAGCCCACGUGCACCUGCCCCCCAGCCUUCACCGACACACGCUGCUUCCUGGCUGGGAACAAUUUCACUCCGACCGUUCGUCAAGAACCUCCUUUAAGAGUCAUCCGGCUCUUGCUCAGUGAAGACGAAAAUGCCUCCGCAGCAGACGUCAACGCCUCGGUGGCAUACAGACUGGGGACGCUGGACGUGCGGGCCUUUUACCGGAACAGACUAGUGGAACGAGUGGAACAAAUUCCCUCAGGAAGCUCCAUUCAACACUGGAACGUCAUCUCAGAGUUCCAAUACCGCCCUCGGGGCCCUGUCAUCGACUUCCUAAACAACCAGCUGCUGGACGCCGUGGUGGAGGCGUUCUUACGCCGCAUUUGGAGGAAGAAUAAGGUGCCCAGGAGUGAGGCGCCCAGGAGUGAGGUGCCCAGAAAUGACGUGGUCUUCUACCCCAUCUCCAGGGAAGACUUACACGAUGUGACGGCUUUGAAUGUGAGCACAUUGCAGAAUUACUUCAAAUGCAGCGGCUACCAGGGCUACCGCCUGGACUACAACCCCCGGAGUGGCUUCACCUGCGUGUCCCCAUGCAGUGAGGGCUACUGCGACCAUGGUGGCCAGUGCCAGCACCUGCCUGAUGGGCCCCACUGCAGCUGUGUGCCCUUCUCCAUCUACGCGCCCUGGGGCGAGCGCUGUGAGCACCUGAGUCUGAAGCUUGGCGCGUUCUUCGGAAUCCUCUUUGGGGCCCUGGGCGCCCUCUUGCUGCUGGGGGUCGGGGCGUUUGUAGUCCUGCGUUUCUGGGGCUGUCCCAGAACCAGUUGGUCCUACCCCCUGGACUCGGAAAGCUGA